CCGCAGUUGACGCUAGAUGGCAGGAGCGAUAAGAACCCGAGUAGCCAUCGCGAGUUCCACGACACUCCUCACUCACUCACUGCUGUCCUGCAUACGAUCCGUCGCCCAGUGCUCUGCAUUCCAUCAACCCAUCCUCGGUUGCCAGCGAAUCUGCGAUGGACGACGAUCGUGCUCAUCUCAACCCCAACGUCAGCCGCUUUCCCGUCGAAGUCUGCGAGAACAUCAUCGACAUGCUUUACUCGGUUGCCAUCGUGGACCAAGUUGAAGAUUCUCGCGCCCUGCAUCGCUGCGCCCUCGUGUGCAGAGCUUGGCGCGUCCGCUCCCAGCGUAACCUUUUCUACUCGGUUGUUCUCCACGACCUUCCAGCACUCCAGAAGUUCUCCGCUGUCCUCGACAACGCGCCCCAUCUGUGCGACUACGUCCAUGAACUGACACUCGUCGGGCGCACCCUUCAUACCACAACCAGUCCUCUCUCGCUCUUGCCGAUCAUCCUCCGUGGGAAGCUCCCUAAUCUCCAAGAGGUCACUAUAAAUCGUGUUUGCGAAGACGAGGACUGGUACCCCAGCGCGUCUGACUCGGAGUCCGCAAAGUCCCUGCAGUACCUUCCUCUUCAUCCACGCUUCGCGCUCUACUUCUCUGCAUUCACGACGGUUUCUCGACUCCAUAUCGUGGAUAUCACAUUUGGGCACUUCAACGACUUGGCCAGGAUGAUCAAUUCCCUUCCCGCAUUGCAAACACUACAUUGCGUCGGUGUGCGAUGCGUGACCCUCGGCCCUCUGCCAUUCAACAUGAAACUGCGAGCCGAUGGGAUUCAUGCUCCUGCAACGCCAUUUGCACCAAAACUACAGAAGCUGCGACUGUAUGGCGUGGACAUACAAUGCGUCCGAAGACUGGUAUCCGCUUGUGGGCCGCGUCUCACGGAAUUGUCAGUUACCGUGCCCUUCUCCCACGACGCCAAAAUGGUCCUUCCCGGAGACCCCACCGCAGAGCAUACAGUGGGCGUCGACUUGAGUCUCUGCACGACGCUCAAGCGAUUGGACAUCGGGCUGGAUCCGGAGCUCGUGACUGACGGACAGUCGCUCGACAAACUCAAGGCGAUGCUCGACUCGUGGGAUUCCAAAGUUCCUCUCCAAUACGUCCAUCUUCAACCUUACUAUGAAGAAGACUUUACGCGGCAAGGCUUCGCAGACUUUCUCGGUACAGUGGGUCGAGUCCUGGAGGAGUUGUUUCAUGAGUCUUCUGCACCACCGAGUGCAGACGGAGAGGUUGGCGAGCAGGGCGGGAGAUGGCGGAUAUGGGUCGACGUAUGUGAUUGGGAAGUAUGGCGACGUUGGUGGUGGACACAUGUCCAGAAGUGCUUUCCGACAUUCGCGAAGUCAAAUGGGCUCACGAUGGCCUUCAACCCUCCACUAGCACAGCAUAACUCAUUCAAAUGGAAAGACAGCGACACAUCGCCACCAACGCCGACUACCACUACCUAGCAACCCCCCCUGCUGGACUCGUGAAAGCUGCUGCUGCCAUCUUCACACAUACUCACAACAUCGCAAGCAGUGAGGCGUCAUGCACGCGAGCCGUACGUUCUCCGCUCGCCCUAGAUCGCACGGUCUUCGGGUGGGAGGAAGAGCAGGGUUUGAUUGAG